AUGGCAGACGCAGAGGCUGAUGCGCGUGCGUUUGCUGCAGCAGAGGAGGCUGCAGCUGCCGCCACUGGCUCUGCUGCCAGUGGCCCUACAGGGAGUCACGCGGAGGAGGAGGAGGAAGCGCCUGUGUCACCGCGGUCCCCAACGCCACUGCCAACAGCGCAUGUGGAGGUGGAGGAGGCGGAGGUGGCAUCGAAGCAGGAGCUGGUGGCCCUGCUGAAGCAGCACGAGGCCACGCGCACCAAUGUGUUCCUGCUCUUCCUCGCAGACCACGUGCCCUCCACUAACCGCUCCUGGUGCCCUGACUGUCGCAAGUCGGAGCCAGUGGUAGCCACAGCAGUCGCCACUCUACGCAGCAACCCCAUCACAGCGCCAGGCCCAGUCCCCACGGCACUACUGGUGCGCGUGUGGGCGGGGGAUCGCCCCACCUGGAAGAGCCCGCUCAACCCCUUCCGCUCGCCCCCGUUUGCUGUCCGGGGCGUGCCCACGCUCAUGCACUGGGACUGGGCGGCCGCUCCUGCUGCUCCUCAUCAAGCUGCCCUGCCUGCUGCAGCUGAUGCAUCGGCUUUGCCUGCUGCUGGUGAUAGUGGUGGUGGGGGGGAUGGGGGGGUGCAGGGUGCGCCGGGGAGGCAGCUAGGGGAGUAUGAGACGCGCAAGGUGCGGCUGGUGAUGGAGCUCAUGGUGCACGCAGGGCAGUGA